AUGUUGCAAUCAUACCUCUCGCUACUUGUUUUCUUCGCAUUCGCUCGCUUUGCCAUUGCUUCUGCCGUGACCCUCGAGGCCCGUGCCGGUCGUACCACCACCAUCACAUAUGCCUGGACUGGUUGCACGACCACUACCCAGACCCGCGGCUCAAGGCCAACUACGCUCGCUGUAUACACUCCUAGAACCCAGUGUGUUCCCGUCACUUCCACCGUCACUCAGAAAUGGACUGGCUGCACCACUACCACAGUGACCCGUCCCAUCAACACCUGGACGACAACUGAGUUGGUCUAUGUCCCCAGGACCACCUGCACUCCCACCACCACAACCGUCAAACAGGCGUGGACGAGCUGCACAUCGUCGACUUCUACCCGAACUGCCAAUGCUUGGACCACAACCGAGAUUGUCUACACGCCGAGGACCGUGUGCCCGACGCCAACGACUACCACAGUUCGCUCUGCCUGGUCCAGCUGUACCAGCAGCAGCACCCUCCGCAGUGCCAACACAAUCACCACUACACAGGUGAUUUACACCCCCAGGACCGUCUGCCCGACGACGACUAGGACCGUCACUGUCCCUUACGCCUCCUGCACGACAUCGACGUCCACCACCACCAUCCCCAAUGGUCCCAAGACGGUCUACCUCUACUCGCCCAGGACGGUCUGCCCCGUUACCACCACGACCAAGACGUCCACCACCUCGAGCGUGGCAGCCACCACCAGCGCACCAGCGAGCACCUCCACUAACGCCAGCACCACCUCUGCUGCUCAGUCUACUUCGUCCACUGCAGCCCAGUUGACUUCAUCAACAGCAGCCCAAUCGACCUCUACUGCUAUCCAGUCGACGUCUUCUACAGCUGCUCAGUCGACAUCAUCCACUGCUGCUCAGUCGACGUCUUCUGCUGCUCAGUCGACGUCUUCUACUGCGGUUCAGUCGACGUCUUCUACUGCGGUUCAGUCGACGUCUUCCACUGCUGCUGUAUCCACAUCGCCUUCUUCUAGCGCCGCCGCCUCGAGCACUGCUGCUUCUGAGACCCUAGCUACUACCACCCCUGCUGCCUCUACCACAGCUUCUAGUGCUGCUUCAAGCAGCGACGUCUCCAGCACUCCUGCUUCUAGCACUGAUAUUUCCAGCACGGCCUCAAGCACCGAUGUUUCCAGCACCCCUUCAAGCACCGCUGUCUCAAGUACUCCCUCAAGUACCAACAUCUCUAGCACGUCUGCUUCCAGUACACCUUCGAGCAGCGACGUCUCGAGCACUUCUGUCUCAAGUACCGAUGUGUCUAGCACUGCUUCCAGCACGGGCGUUUCUAGCACCCCUGCCUCUAGUAGUGUUUCCAGCACUGCUUCAAGCACCGAUGUUUCUUCUACACCUUCAAGCACCGAUGUCUCUAGUACUGCAUUGAGCACUGCUUCUUCUGAGAACUUGGCUGCUUCUAGCACCCCAGCUUCGACCUCGGACAUUUCAAGUACGCCUUCAAGCUCAGCUGCCUCUAGCACUCCGGCUUCUACAUCGGACGUCUCAAGCACUGUUGCUUCUAGUACCCCUGGUUCUAUUUCAGAUGCCUUGAGCACUUCUACUUCGAGCACGGAUAUUGCUAGCACGCCUUCUAGUACUGAUAUCUCUAGUACUGUCUUGAGCACUACUCCUUCCGAGAACCUAGCUGCUUCUAGUACCCCAGCUUCUACCUCGGACAUUUCAAGCACACCUUCAAGCGCAGCUGUCUCUAGCACCCCUGCUUCUAGCACGGAUGUCUCUAGCACCCCUGCUUCUAGCACGGAUGUCUCUAGCACUUCUGCUUUAAGCACCGAUGCCUUUAGCACUCCGGCUUCCACUACAGAUGUCUCUAGCAGCACUCCUGCCUCCACUACAGAUGUAUCGAGCACUCCUGUCUCUACAGAUGUCUCUAGUACCCCUGUGUCCAGCGCGGCUGCUUCUACAGAUGUGUCUAGCACUCCCGGUUCGACAGAUAUCUCUAGUACCCCCGCAUCUAGCGCUCCUGCUUCCACUUCAGACAGCUCAAGCACUCCCGUUUCGACAGAUGUCUCUAGUACUCCUGUUUUAUCAAAUGUCUCUAGCACUCCUGCUUCUACAGACAUCUCUAGUACUCCGGUCUCCACCGAUGUCUCUAGUACUCCCGCAUCUAGUGUUGCUGCUACUUCGACAGAUAUUUCUAGCACUCCAGCAUCCUCAUCUGCCUCCAGUACUCCUGCCUCUACUUCAGACAACUCAAGCACUCCUGCUUCAUCAGAUGUUUCUAGCACUCCUGCUUCAUCAGAUGUUUCUAGCACCCCGGUUUCUUCAGAUAUCUCUAGUACCCCGGUUUCUUCGGAUGUCUCUAGCACCCCUGUUUCUUCGGAUGUCUCUAGUACUCCUGCAUCUUCAGCUGCUUCUAGCACUCCUGCUUCGACAGAUGUCUCCAACACCCCAGUUUCUACUACGGAUGCCUCUAGUACUCCUGCUUCUACAGAUGCCUCUACCACUCCUGCUUCUAGCACCGGCAUCUUCAGCACUCCCGCUUCCGAGACCCCCGUGUCUUCGACUGAUAGUGCAAUUGCCACACCUUCGGUCACUCCUGUGUCUACUACCGAAAACUACUGUGAGGCCACUGCUACUCCUAGCUCUACCUCGUCCUCUUCGAUAGCUCCUGGUCCAGAUGGAACCACCACAUUCACUUAUCCAUGGGGUGAUUGCACUGCCGCCUCUGCGGUGAGGAGUUCGACUGUAUUCCUCUUCACACCCAGGUCGGCCUGUGCCGAUACCACAACUCCAUCGACAGCUGCAGCUACUACCUCUAGCUCAGAGGCAGCUAUUUCAGUCGCUGCCUUGGUUGCGGGCACGACCUCUAGCUCGGUUUCUGAAACUGUCGCCAGCACAGUCUCGAGCUCGGAGACUGUCGCUAGCACUACGUCGCCCAGCUCAUCCUCUGAGCCUGCUGCCAGCACUACCUUGCCCAGCUCGUCCUCUGAGCCUGCUGCUAGCACUACCCCAUCUAGCUCUUCCUCAGACUCCACUGUUGCUGGUACCACUUCAUCCAGCUCUUCCUCAAGCUCCAUUGCUGUUAGCACUACCUCGUCCAGCUCAUCCUCCGAGUCUGCUGCCAGCACCACUUCAUCUAGCUCUCCUUCAAGCUCCACUGCUGCUAGCACUACUUCAAGCAGCUCAUCCUCCAGCUCUUCUUCUUCGAGCUCCACUGUUGUCGCUAGCACAACCCCGAUCAGCUCUUCCUCGAGCUCUACCGCUGCCAGCACUAGCUCGUCCUCAAGCUCAACUUCUGCUAUUCUCAGCACUACCUCUACCAGCUCCUCUGCCAGCUCGACUGCAGCCGCUGUCACGACUUCUAGUGCGGUGUCGACUGUUGCUGCUCCCAGCACGACCUCUAGCUCGUCAUCAACCAGCACUCAGUCAUACCUGGCAUCAACCACAGGCUCAUCCUGCUCGACCAUCAGGACUGGCUGCAAGGCGCUUGGUUGGGACAUGGAUAUCUACACCAACACCUUCUACACCGGUUAUGGCUACACCGGUACUGGUGCUAAGUCUGACUACUACUAUCUUUCCGAUAAGCUCUCCCCUCUGGGCUCAACUUACACAAAUACCACCAACUUCGCGAGCACCACGACUUCAGGCACAUACACUACAAUCAGUGGCCAGAAAUACUACACCAACUGGAGCGCCAGCAUUGGCGGUCUCAAUGUCAACCUCAACAACUUCACCGCUGUUUGGAGUGGCCUCUACAAGGCUACGACGACGGGUAACGUCGCGGUUGUCAUCAGCACAGUGGAUGACACCGCUUCCGUCUACUGGGGCCAUGCCUACGCCUAUGACUGCAAGACGGGUCUUCCAACCGCUUCCACGGCUGGCAGGAAUCUGGUCGGUACUGGUACUUUCACCAAAGCGGUGGUUGCAGGUCAAUAUUACCCAAUCCGUGUUGUUUUUGGAAAGGCCUCGGGCAAUACCGCGAAACUCACCCUCACUGUGGCUGGGCAAGCUACUUCAAGCACCAACCCUAUCUACCCCCCUGAAUGCGCUAUGCCGGCAUGA